AUGUUGACCGCGGGGCCCGACCCGGCGGCGGAGCGCCUGCCGGUGAUGGUGUUCGUGCACGGCGAGUCGUACGAGUGGAACUCGGGCAACCACUACGACGGCAGCGCGCUGGCGGGCUACGACGGCGUCGUCGUGGUCACGCUCAACUACCGCCUGGGGAUACUCGGCUUCCUGAACGCCAACCCGGCGCCGCAGCUGAAGGCGCGCGUGGCCAACUACGGCCUGAUGGACCAGAUCGCGGCACUGCACUGGGUGCAGCAGAACAUCGCGGCGUUCGGCGGCGACCCGUCCAACGUGACGCUGAUGGGGCACGGCACGGGCGCCGCCUGCAUCAACUUCCUCAUGACGUCGCCCACCGUCAUGCCAGGCCUGUUCCACCGCGCCAUCUUGCUGUCCGGGUCGUCGCUGAGCUCGUGGGCGCUGGUGGAGGAGCCGGUGGACCUGGCGCUGCGCCUGGCCCGCCAGGUGGGCUGCCCGGCGCCGCUGGACGUGAGGCGAGACCACGAGCAGGUGGUGGACUGCCUGCGCCUGGCGCCGCUGCGCGACCUGCUGCGCGCCGACGUGGCGGCCCCCGCCUACCUGAGCGCCUUCGGGCCGAGCGUGGACGGCGUGGUGGUGCGCCACGACUCCUCCCCCGCCGCGCUGCUGGCGGGCCGCAGCUACGACCUGCUGUUCGGCGUGGUCUCGGCCGAGGCGCUGUGGCGCUUCAGCGCGCGCGACCUGCAGGCGGGCUUCGAGGGCGCGCGCCGCGACCGCAUCCUGCGCACCUACGUGCGCAACGCCUACUCCUACCACCUGUCCGAGAUCUUCUUCGCCGUGGCCAACGAGUACACGGACUGGGAGCGCACGGCGCUGCACCCGGCCAACACGCGCGAUGCCACCGUCGCGGCGCUGGGCGACGCCGAGGUGGUGGCGCCGCUGGUGCGCACUGGGGAGCUGCACAGCCGGCGCCUGGGGCCCGGGCCGCAGGCGCGCUCCUUCUUCUGCGUGUUCGACUACCAGAGCAGGGACAGCGACUACCCGCAGCGCAUGGGCACGGCGCACGGCGAAGAACUGCCCUACGUGUUCGGAGCGCCCCUGGCGGCGGGACUCGGCAACUCCCCAAGGAACUACACGAGGCUGGAGGCGGGGCUGUCCGAGGCCGUCAUGCUCUACUUCAGCAACUUCGCGCGCACCGGGAACCCGAACUCGCCCAGCCGGCAGGAGGCCGUCAGCCCGCUGUCCAAGGAGAGGAACCGCUUCCGCAGCAUCGUCUGGGAGGAGUACGACAACGUGCACCAGAAGUACCUGGAGAUAAGCCUGAAGCCGCGCGUGAAGAGCCACUACCGCGCGCACCAGCUGUCCGUGUGGCUGCGCCUGGUGCCCGAGCUGCACCGCGCCGGCAUGGAGGACGCCCUGGCGCGCCACAACCUGCUGCGAGACAGCCACCAGCCCCCGGGAGCCGGCGCGACGCCCGCCCCCGCCGCCACCUGCGCGCCGGCGCCGCCCCAGUCCACGCGCCUGCUGCAGCGCGCCAACCGCACCGCGGGCGCCCGCCCCUCGCCGCGCGGCGCCUACCCCGCGGCGCUCGCCCUCACCAUCGCCAUCGGCUGCUCUCUGCUCGUGCUCAACGUGCUCAUCUUCGCCGGCGUGUACUACCGCCGCGCCAGGCCCCCGCCCCCGCAACCGCCCCCGCCGGGGCCCGACAACAACCACCUGCUGGCCAACAACCUGGCGGGCAUCUGCAAGCCGCGCCGCCGCGCCCCCCACGAGGUCGUCAAGCCCUCCAACCUCGCGGCGCUGAAGAACGGCGCGGCCACGCUCCCUCUGGCGGCGAGACACCCGCCCUCGUCCCCGGGCAGCGUCAGCCUGCCCCCGCCGCGCGCCGCCAUGGACGAGAUGCGCGCCUGA